CCGAAUACAGCUUUAUGUAGACGGCUCAAAAUACGGUGACAGGUGAUAGCAACCGUGCGAUGGGCCUAGCAACUACAGUUGUAUGAUGCUAUGCUUCGCGUUUGCCAUCAGUGCUCUUUCAUUUGUCAAGUAAACUGUUGAUCGUUGUCAUCAAACUUCACAGAAGAGUUAUACAUAUUCUUUUGUAUCGAUUAUAUUCACAUGAUUGGAGUUUAUACAGAGGGUUGUUUGCCCACUGCGAGGACUAUAACCAGUUGACAACCAGGACCAGCACUUGUUACUUUCUCACAAACAGGGAAGACCUCUAGGCUUCAGAGAAUCAAGUCACAGGCGAGACAGAACAAUAUGGGCGACACGGCUGAAGUAAACGGUGCCCAGCCGGACCAGACAGUGGAUCCCACUCGCUCACAGAAAACUUCCGAAUUUGUUCUCUUACUCAAAGAUAGAGAGGCUCUGAAGGCUUCCCUUGAAGAGAAGGAAAAGGAACUCAAUAGCACUAGAGCCAGGAAUUUUGAACUUCUCCAACAGAUCGACAAAUUAGAAAAAGAGCUGUCUGAGUUGAAGACAUUGAAGAAAGCUGAGAAAGAAUCCAAGAAGCUAUCUGUUACUGCGCAUUCUCCGUCUGCAAGUCCGUCGGGCACACCAGUAUCUACGCCGAAGGGAGGGCGAAAAGCCAGACCUAAGACCGCUAAGCAUGCCAACUCCAGACAGAAGCCAAGAAAGAGCGCAAAAGCACCCACGAUUGAGGUUACGUCAUCGGAAGUAGAAAAAGAAGGACAUCUCAAGGACACCUACAAAUAUUAUGAGGAAAUUGCAAGGACGUAUCCAAAUCUGAAGCUGUCUGUUUUACUUGCCGCAGAGAAGAAAUUCGUUGAAGCUGACAUCAAUAAAGACGGGACAAUUGACGCUGAUGAACUGGAGAAGAUCUUGGAGACAAGCAGUUUACUUUUUACGAAGCAACAAGUGCGAGAUAUCGUUAAACAGAUCGACAAUGACGAGUCUAGCGAUCUGGAUUUCAUGGAAUGCUUGGCGGUGAUCGAUCGGCUACAUCAAAACAAGAAGACCAACUUACCAACAACAUUAGAGCAGAAUAAAAGCACAGUGUGCGUCAUCCAAUAGCCGCCAUGCCAUAUUGGUUUACAAAACGCUGUCUGCAAGUCGAAGAAGAAAGUUCAGACCCCAUUUCUGAACAGUGCUUUACACAAAGAGCAAAUGGAAUCCAUUUCCUAUCGUCAUUAAAAUAAACAUGUAUUUUUGCAAUCAGAGGAAAAAAGGUAAUGGUCACAUGACAAUCGGUCAUGUGACAUUUGCAGCUGGUGAGGCCGAAUUCAGUAUACAACUUGAGUUGUGUGUAACGACUGGAAACAUCUGAGGACGACCAGCCUUCUACACCUGACACCUGUGAUUACGACAGAGAAAAUUGUAAUGAAUGAGGAAAAGAUAUACAUAUCAUGUAGUGUAUUAUUUUAUUGAAUACAUGUACAUAUACAUGUACAAAUGUUAACGUAGCGCAGGCGGAACUUGACCAACGAUCUGGUCUGCAAUGUUCUUGUGCUCUCAGCGAGCACAUGCCCGUGAAGUGCAUUCAUUUCCCCUAUAGAGGCAUUAUUGGUUUGACUAAUACAUGUAUUAGACGAGUUCAUAAAGUCUAGCAUAUUUUUCUGUAUACAUAAACCAUUGAAGAAACCUUAAUGGCGAUUAU